AAUUCAGGCAGCCGGUUGGCAGUACGCGUUUAUACGUCGGCGCGUACGCACGUGUCGAACAAUUCGAAAAGCGUUGUUUAUAACACGAUACGUAGUGAGAGACUCGAUCGUGGAUGGUGAAAAUUGUGUGAAAUAAGUAAGAACAAUAAAUUAGAUCAGUUUGAACACCGCGAUGAAGGUGCUUACGGUGGAAGAUAAAGUUGUUAGUGUGGGGAAUGAGAGAGAACCUACCGUAGACGUUGAAGUUCCGAAAUCAAUAAGGGAAGAAUUAAACAGAGGUUGCCCAUUGGGAGUUUCCCGCGUGAUCGACUCGGUAUACAUAUGUGGUGCCCAUGCUUUGCCCGGAGCUGUCAAGGCGUUACGACCAGGUCUAGUGGUUAAUGCUGCGCCAGAACUUCCACCGCCACCAGAAGACUAUGUUCCCAGACAUUAUGUACCACUCCUAGAUACACCUAAUUCAGAUAUGCAUCCUUAUAUGGAAAGCGUCGCAGACUUAAUACAUGAAGUAGUUGCAAGAAAUGAACAGGUUCUAGUGCAUUGUGUCGCUGGAGUGUCCCGCUCAGUCACCCUUUGCUUGGCGUACCUGGUGAAAUGGCACAAAAUGACCCUGAGAGACGCUUACCAUCACAUGAAACGAAGAAGGCCACAAAUACGACCGAACACAGGAUUUUUCAAGCAGCUCAUAAAAUACGAAGAGAGACUAUUUGGGGAAGCGUCCGUCAAAAUGGUGUACUGUGAAGCGAUUGACAAAGAAAUUCCUGAUGUAUACGAGCCAGAUUACAGUGGGAUGACGUGGUUCCGACAGCGGUAUGGACCUAUUGAAAAUAGCUAGCUAUAAGCAAUCCGUGCUAAUUAUUCUAUGGUUAUAGGCACUGAUGUAAUAACCUUAAGUUGAAAUCAUGCUUGGAGUAAUUGGGUUAUGCACGCUAUUUAUAAGACUGAGGAACGACUGCAUUAGUGAGUGUGAAUGAUUGCCUCGUAAACUUUUAGCAAUUAAGGAAUUAUUAUGAGUUUUGUAACGUUUAUGAACAGAAGCGUUGUAAAUUCUUUGUGCUAAUUAUUAAGAUUGAGAUAAUUUAUAUAAUUUUGUGUAAGCAAUAUUAUGUUAAGGGACCAAA